AUGAAAUUGUCAUUUGUGGUUUUAGCUGUUGCUCUCUGCAGCAUACAGCCUUCUCAUGGACUUCAGCCUGUACUCAUCCAAUGUCAGCAAUUGGCGAAACUUCUGGAAAUGCUGCCACUGCUUUCGGUCCGCGUCAACAGCACGGAAAUGAUGAUCAAUACGAUAGAAAAUCAUGAAACUGCAUUGGGUAAAAUGACGCAUUGGUUGAAUUCAAUCAUGACAGAAAUCACAGCGAUACAAGAUGACACAAAUAUCCGUGCCACCUUUGAUAUAAUUGAGGAUCUCCAGUUUCCCGACCCCGACGGAAAAUUCGCUCGCUGGAGAUCAGAAGUGGAGAAAUUAAUGGAUACCAUUAAUUCCAUUUUUCACGAUCUCCGCAGGAUCACCCAGACAAGUGAAACUAUUGUCCAUGAUUGGAAGAAUAUUUCUAAGACUGCGAAAGAGUCCAUUGAUCUUCAGGGAUUGCAUACAAAGCUAUUUCCACGUGGAGAACGUCCUAGCCAACGAGGAGGGUAUAUUUUCCAUCUUGCCUAUUUCAGUAAUACGUCGCGACGCAAAAAUUGCCCUCAAGCUUCAAUGAUGCGUUAUUUCCUCGGUCAUUUAUUCGAAGCGAUUUGCGUCACUGAAAUAAAAGGUGUGACCGCAUUGAUUUAUACCGCAUUGAUUCAAAACUGCCGAUACGACGCGUGGAGAGUCCAGGUCGCUGAGGUAAACAGCAAUUACAAAGAACGCUUCCUCGAUUACUUGCUUCAAACUAAAAAUGCGAUGCAUAUGGCUCCAGCUGAUCUUACAACUUGUGAGCCAUCUGAUGGCAUCAGAGUUCGAGAUGAAACGUACUUCGAAGCGGAGAAGCUCGAGCAAGUAUCGAUUUUCCGAUUUGAUCUCAAAGACAAUGGGUGUGAAAAUGUUAUAAAUAAAAAAUUAUUCACAUUCACCUCGGAGCGAGAUAAUUGCAGUGGUCAAUUAUCUGACUGCAAGUACUCGAAGUGGUUAAGCGUUUGUCGAUUGGAUAAUGGUUCAAAUCGAUAUCAAUGGAUCAAAUCAGAAGUCGGCAACUAUGGAAUGAAGUUGAAGAAUUGUCCCAAUGGUACGAUAAGUGAAUAUAAAGGUGUGGACAAUUUGUCCUACGGCCACUGCAUCUGCAAUUGCAGAGGUCACAUGCGUCAUUGGAUAAGUGUAACUCCGGUGCUAGCUAAUACUUCUGAUAAUAUGGUUGUCACUGGUGCGCGAUUUGUUUGGAAGGACAGAAUUCUCUAUAUUCAAUUGAAACAGGGAAGGCUAGUGAAGAAUGCCUGGGUAGAUCCAUCUUCUCAAAGUUGGAUUCCUCUUCCAAAUAAUCCAGAAGUAAUGGAGAUCACACCGGCGAACACCAAGUUCUAUCUUGAUGUUAUACGAGUACCGGUCGAUCAGGUCGUUGUUGGAGUUACAUUUGAAAAUAAUAAGGGAUGCUCAAUUGUGGUGAGUGCAAAGAGAUUCAACUACACAACCGGAGAAAUGUACGACGAUAUUAUGGACAGAGAUGCCGAUCAUUCGGAAUAUGAUGAGCUGCAAGUUCCGCGGAGAAAUUCGAUCUACACGUCUAAACGGCAUACUAGCCUCACAGGUAAGAAGUGGGUAACACUAGCACAUUCUGAUUGGCGGCAUGAUGUAGGUCAAUCGGUGGUGCCAUUGUUCGAUGGAAUAGCCAUUGAAACGAAUCCACCACUACCGCUUGGAGGAUUUGGAAUUAUCCACAAAGGCACGAAAGGAUAUGCCGGAUACAUCUCCCCGAAAUUAACUUCAUACCCAUACUCAAAAAUAUUAAAAAUGUUUAUCCAGAAUCAGAUUAACGGGUCCCCCUUGGAGAGGUGGAUCCAUUUUUGA